GCGAGACCAGUGGCGCUCGGCUCGGCGACAUGGACGCGAAAAUCUUGUUCAUCACACUUGCGUGUUUGCUGGCGCUGGCGCUCGCCGCGCCCGCAGAGAAUCCUGAUGCCGCGGAGAAAGACCUAGCAGUCGGCGACAAGGAGGACCUCAAGACCGCCGCCUCGCACUGGGGAGGCCACUACGGCGGCUGGGGAGGAUGGGGUUACGGCGGCUACGGCGGCUACGGAGGCCACUACCCCUACUACGGCGGCUGGGGCGGCUGGGGCUGGCCCAGCUACGGCUACGGCUACGGCUACUGGCCCUACGGCGGCUACUACGGCCACGGCUACGGGGGCUGGUGGUAGCCUCAACAGAAACAGUAGAACAUGCCAGUAUUAAUUUAAAGCGACUUCUUAAAGGUUAAUUCGCGGGUUUUUUUUUAUCUUUUUAUUUCACACAGAUAUAGACUGAGAUUAUUCUUCUACUUCGAUAUGAACUGUAUAUAUACUUUGUUUUUAUCAUGAUUUAUUAUAACUCUACUUCUAUUUAUACAAUUUAUUUUUAUCUUUUAAUAUGAGUAAUGUACAAAUCUUUAAAAGUGUGUAUAUUAGUGUAAAAAAUCAUUAAGAAAUAUCAUCACAUCAUUUUCAACUCCAUACUUUUUAUACGUCGAUACGAAUUAACCUCUCGACCAACGAAUACGAGCCUCAAUAUAAAUAUAAGUCUUGCCCUUA